AUGGGCUGCGAGGACCCGUAUGAGGAGUGGUAUGCUGAGAGGAGUGCUGGUUCUGCUGGAUCGUUAGUCGAACAGGAACGAGAGAGGCAAGAGGCACAACGGCGGCAAACUGAGAUGAAUGAAGAAGUUUGGAGGAGAAGUUUGCCCAGCGAGAAGUUUCCAAGCCUUGGAUCAUUGGACUAUGAGGUGCGGAUGCCCAAGAGAGCUGGGGAAGUCGAUCGGGGGGAGUUUAAGCGCCCAAGGCCGUGA